CGCCAAGGCUGCCCAAAGCCUUCCGGACGAUCCGCAAGAUGUGGCUGUUCCCUCGGGAUGAUAUUAUUAUAAGGCAUUCUGUGCGCUGAAUCUCUUCGCAACUUUUUUUCCCUUCUCGUGCCGUCCUCCUCCACCCCCCCAGUCCUUCCCUCCGAGAUCGUCGUCCCUGUCGAUCAUGAAGCUGCCUCUUUUCGCUGCAGCCGCUGCAGGCCUCGCUAAUGCUGCUUCCCUCCCUGUCGAAAGGGCCGAGGCUGAGGUUGCUUCCGUCGCCGCCGAUUUAAUCGUCCGCGCCCUCCCCAAUGCCCCCGACGGAUAUACUCCCUCCAAUGUCACCUGUCCCUCGACUCGGCCUAGCAUUCGCGAUGCCUCCGGCAUUUCUACCAACGAGACCGAGUGGCUCAAGGUCCGUCGCAAUGCGACUCUCACCCCGAUGAAGGACCUCCUGAGCCGUCUGAACCUCACCGGCUUCGACACCACCUCCUACAUCAACCAGCACUCCAGCAACAUCUCCAACAUCCCCAACAUUGCAAUUGCGGCCUCGGGUGGUGGAUACCGUGCUCUCACCAACGGUGCUGGUGCCCUGAAGGCGUUCGACAGCCGCUCCGACAAUGCCACCAAUUCCGGGCAGCUGGGUGGUCUGCUGCAGGCGGCAACCUACGUCGCUGGUCUGAGUGGAGGUAGCUGGCUGGUCGGAUCCAUGUUCGUCAACAACUUCUCCUCCAUCGGCGAACUUCAGGCCAGCGAGAAGGUCUGGCGCUUCGACAAGUCCCUGCUCGAGGGACCCAACUUCGACCACAUCCAGAUCGUCAGCACGGUGGAAUAUUGGAAGGACAUCACCGAGGAAGUCGACGGCAAGGCCGACGCUGGUUUCAACACCUCCUUCACCGACUACUGGGGCCGUGCGCUGUCCUACCAGCUGGUGAACGCUUCCGACGACAAGGGCGGUCCCGACUACACCUGGUCCUCCAUUGCCCUCAUGGACGACUUCAAGAACGGCCAGUACCCCAUGCCCAUUGUCGUCGCCGAUGGCCGCAACCCCGGCGAAGUCAUCGUCGAGACCAAUGCCACCGUCUACGAAGUGAACCCCUGGGAAUUCGGCUCCUUCGACCCUAGCGUCUACGCCUUCGCCCCUCUGCAGUACCUGGGCUCUCGCUUCGAGAACGGCGCUAUCCCCGACAACGGCACCUGCGUGCGCGGCUUCGACAACGCCGGGUUCAUCAUGGGCUCGUCUUCCACCCUGUUCAACCAAUUCCUCCUCCAGAUCAACAGCACCAGCAUCCCAACCAUCCUGAAGGACGCCUUCACCGACAUCCUCGAGGACCUCGGUGAGCGCAACGACGACAUCGCCGUGUACUCCCCGAACCCCUUCUCGGGAUACCGCGACAGCAGCGAAGACUACGCCACCGCCAAGGACCUCGACGUGGUCGACGGCGGUGAAGACGGCGAGAACAUCCCUCUGCACCCGCUGAUCCAGCCCGAGCGUGCCGUGGACGUCAUCUUCGCCAUCGACUCCUCCGCCGACACAGACUACUACUGGCCCAACGGCACCUCUCUGGUGGCCACCUACGAGCGCAGUCUCGAACCCACCAUCGCCAACGGCACCGCCUUCCCCGCCGUCCCGGACCAGAACACCUUCGUCAACCUGGGCCUCAACUCCCGCCCGACCUUCUUUGGCUGCGACCCCAAGAACAUCUCCGGCACGGCUCCUCUAGUCAUCUACCUGCCCAACAGCCCCUACACCUACGACUCCAACUUCUCCACCUUCAAGCUCACCUACAGCGACGAGGAACGUGACUCCGUCAUCACCAACGGUUGGAACGUGGUCACCCGCGGUAACGGUACCGUGGAUGAUAACUUCCCGUCUUGCGUGGCCUGCGCUAUCUUGCAGAGGUCCACCUACCGCACGAACACUUCCCUCCCGGAUAUCUGCACUACUUGCUUCAACGAUUACUGCUGGAACGGAACCACGAAUAGCACUACCCCGGGUGCUUAUGAGCCUAGUGUGCUCAUUGCUACUAGCGGUGCGAUGAAGAGCGUGUUGGAUUACUCGGUGCUUGUUGCGGCAGUGGGUGUGGCUGCGUUUAUGCUGUAGAUAUGAUCUGAUGGCUGCCUGGGUGUUUGUACAUGUUUGUUAUUUUUAUUAGAUGCACAUAGUCAUGCUUGCAUUGUUUGGUUAGAUUGAUGAUGAAGAUACCGGAAUAGAUUGUGUUCAUUAGCAAGGACAAGACAUUAUUAAGUGUUGCAUGAAUUCAUAUUGCCGAGGCAGUAAGGUGUAGCAAUGACUGAGGUCAGAACCAGUAUAA